CUUUGCGCCCUCUCCCGCGCUCCGUGGACGUCCGGACGGACGCACGGCCUUAUAAGAGACGCCACCGCGUCGCUCCGGCGGUCUCCUCGUCGCUUCGGCGUCCACAGGCUGCCCAACGCGCAUAACAGCGCCGAGGCUGCCCCGUCGGCCCCCCGCGCCGCCGCCGCGAGCGACGCGUCAUCUCCCGCGGUUCCUGAGGGAGAGAAAGCCUCAGCACACCUUCGCGCCCCGUAAAUAUGCCGGACCUAUCCAACGGCGCCGACUCCGGCAACAACUCGUUACGAGGCGGCAAGAAGUCCUAUACCAGAGGAGCGUUGGAAGGAAACUGGACGGAAGACCGGUGCGACCCGAAGGCCGGCCGGGGCCGCUUCACGACGCGGCGGUUUGUCACGGUCCUGGACGAGGCCAUGAGGGUCGGCUACUCGGGCCAGCCCGUCGUCGCCCAGGAGUUCGGCUGCGGCAUUUCGCGGGACCCGUCGAACGACCGUUUUGAUUAUGACAACAUCGUCUGCCCGGACAAGCACGAGUCCCCCGGCAAGUGGAAGACGAUCAUGCAGGACGCGUCCGAGUACAAGUCCAAGUGCGUCCUCGGCGAGGCGCCGGGCCACCCGCAGCUCGAGGAGUACCGCGCGCGGUGGACGAAGUCGACGCCCGACGAGAUGGACUACCGCUUCUCGCUCUGGAAGCAGGGGCUCUAGUUUUUUUUGAGGGCGUAACUGCGGAAUACUUGUA